CAGGGUCCAUACAUGUACACUCUCUACAAAGACUCCAAGUCCCUUCCCGAAUCCACCGUUGCACGGCUCUUCACCCUCGGCUUCUUAUCCGCGGGCAUCACAGCCGGUCUCGCCGGCUCGCUGGCAGACCGGUAUGGACGUCGGCUGGCGUGUCUAUCCUAUUGCGGGACAUAUGCUGCUUCGUGUCUGCUUGUCUUCAGCGACGAUUUGAUGUUGCUGUGUUUGGGCAGAGUGCUGGCAGGGCUGAGCACGACAUUGUUGUACUCUGUGUUUGAGACGUGGAUGAUUAGUGAGUUCCAUCGGAGGGAGUUGGGGCAUGUCAUGGGCUUGGGCGAGAUGUUUAGUGGGAGUGUGAUGGUUAGUGGAGUGGUUGCAGUGGCGAGUGGAGUUGUGGGUGAAGCCGUAGUAGGGUGGACGGGAAGUAAGGCGGCGCCGUUCGCGGUUGCGGUGGGAUGUUUGGCUGCGGCGGGAGGUGGCAUCUGGAAGUUCUGGGGAGAGAACUUCGGCGAAGCUGAUGGCGAAAAGGGUGGAUCCAGUGUGAGUCUGAAGAGCAUGGUGAUGGACAAGCGCAUCCUCUCCCUCGGACUGGCCACCACGCUAUUCGAGGGUUGCAUGUUCCUGUUCGUCUUCUUCUGGACACCAGCCUUGAAGUCCUCGCGAGCGGUCGCCGGAACCACGGCAUCUCCGCCUUUCGGUCUGAUCUUCUCCUGCUUCAUGAGUGCGAUGAUGCUCGGGUCCAUGCUUUUCUCCGUGAUUGAUCUACGCAGCGAGCGAGAGACUGGCAGACUCCUACUGAGCAUCCUUGCAAUGGCGGCCAUCUCACUCAUGGUGCCGGUCUUGAUGCGCACAGAAGGAUUGACUUUCUGGAGCUUUGCAAUUUUCGAGGCUUGUGUGGGAAUGUAUUUUCCUACCAUGGGUCGGUUGAAGUCCGAAAUAGUGGACGAUGCCGUAAGAGGCAAGGUGUACGCUUUGAUGAGGCUUCCGCUGAACAUUUUCGUGGUGUUAGCCUUGGGCCUGACGCAAGAAGGUGAGUCCUUUCUUCUUCCUGCCAAUACUGUGCUCACUUCGCUGACUGAGAUGCCUCAGGCGAUGGACAUCGGGAUAGGAUCUUUACGGCGAGUGGAGGGCUGCUGCUUGGUGCCUUCUUCGCUGUCCAAAAAUGGUUUCUUUGAGCGGGAUUGGAGCCCUGACCCGUGGUACAGUGUCCUCAAUGCAGACGGUCGUCUCGUAUUGGUUCGAUCGACCAGUGGUCCCAGUCCGAGCAGCCAACAAGCAUUCCUUGCCAAUAUUGAUGGAUCCGUACAAUCCCGCAAAACGGCUUUGUAUCCAAUGUCGAACUGCUGCAGGAUCUGA